CCCGCCAUGCUCGGGCGCAAACCCCCGCCAUCCAUCCUCCAAACACCAGGUUUCGCACACUACUCCCUCGCAUGGUCCCCCUUCCACGCCAACCGCCUCGCCCUCGCCUCUUCCGCCAACUUUGGCUUAGUCGGUAAUGGGCGGCUUCAUAUCGUCUCUACUACACCCGAAUUACAUGUAGACAAAUACUUCGAGACCCAAGACGGCCUCUACGACCUCGCCUGGUCCGAAAUCCACGAAAACCAACUCGUCACUGCCUCAGGGGACGGCUCGAUCCGCCUCUGGGACAUUAUGCUCAACAAUUUCGCCAUUGCGUCGUGGCAGGAGCAUACCCGGGAGGUAUUCUCCGUCGACUGGUCCAACCUCCAAAAGGAGAAUUUCGCAUCGUCUUCGUGGGAUGGGAAGGUUAAACUCUGGACUCCGGAUCGCCCCCGGUCGGUCUCGACGCUCCACGCGCACCAGGCAUGCGUCUACCAAGCGCUCUUCUCACCAUACCAGCCCGCCGUACUUGCGACGUGCUCUACGGACGGGACCAUCAAGCUCUUUGAUCUCCGCUCGCCCUCCUACGCGCCCACAUCCAACUCGUUCACCGCCCCGCUCACCGCCCCGGCUCUGACGGUCCCCGUAUCCGGAGGGGAGGUCCUCUCGCUGGAUUGGAACAAGUACCGGCCGUUCGUGUUGGCGAGCGGUGGGGUGGAUAAGGCGGUGAGGGUGUGGGAUUGUCGGAUGGUUGGAGGGGAGGUGGGGGGCAAGUGUGAGGUGCAGUUGGCGGGGCAUGAGUAUGCGGUGAGGAGGGUGCAGUGGAGUCCGCAUAGUCCGGAUGUGUUGGCUAGUGCGAGUUAUGAUAUGACGUGUAGGGUCUGGAAUAGGGAUAGGUUGGUGUAUAUACAUGAUCCCCAUACCGAGUUUGUGGUUGGGUGUGGGUGGAGUUUGUAUGAGGAGGGGGUGUUGGCUACUUGUGCAUGGGAUAGUAGGCUUAAUAUCUUUCGGGUGUAG